AUGGCGCGCGUCCGCGGCGUCUUCUCCUUUGGCUCCGGCCCGUGGGAUCCCUCGCACCGGUUUGAGACGUCAUGGCUGCUUUCCCCGUGGCCGCUGUUCGCCGUCCGCGCCCUGUUUAGCGUCUAUGCCUUUGUGACCCUCUUCUUCAUCAUCGGCUGGGAAUGCACCCAUGACGCCGCCGGCGGCUGUCGCGUCGCGCGCCAGUCGUUUUCCUACUUCACCGUCCUCACCUACUGGGGCCUCGCCUUCUACCUCCUCGCCGCUGCGGUCCACACCGGCACCUACGCCCUGACCGGCCGGCCGCUGCUCGACCGCCUGCCGCAGCCGCUGCGGGCCCUCCACUCCCUCUUCUACACCACCGUCGUCACGCUGCCGUUCCUCGUCACCAUCGUCUUCUGGGCCGUCAUCUACAAGGGCGCCUGGUUCCCCACCGUCUUCGAGGGCUGGCACAAUGUCAGCCAGCAUGCCAUGAAUUCGCUCUUCGCCCUAUUCGAGCUGGUCGUCCCGCGCACCGCGCCUCCGAAUCCCGUCCAUCUGCUCUGGCUGAUCCUCAUCCUGCUGGGGUAUCUCGCCGUCGCGUACGUGACCCUCGCGGACCAGGGCUUCUACACGUACAGCUUCCUCGACCACGACGCCGUCGGCGGGAGGGGCUACGUCGCCGCAUACGCCUUCGGCAUCGCCGUCGCCAUCGUCAUCAUUUUUGGAGUCGCCUACGGCCUCAUCUGGCUGCGGAGGUGGGUUACGGAAACGAAGCUCGGCAUGGAGGGCAAGCUCGCGGAGCAGGAGGUCUGCGACGGAACUGAGAUGAGCACCAUCCAGCCCAAGGAUCGUGAGGCGUCGGUAGUAUAG